CCCUUUACAACCGACUCAAACUAAACGUGCAUCAUACUUUGAAAAAUUCUGGACGACGCGCGAUUUCGUUUUCGUGGACGCAAACGACACUGAUCGAGCGUGCAAGAUCUAUUCCUGCGAAUAAUAAAUAUUGCGUGACCUCGUGACCUCUCAGUCGCAGGCAGUGAGGCGUCGAACAUGGCUGGGUUUUUUGGCGGAAUCGGCGGCUCACGCCUGCCUCUAAAUGAAAAUGAUAUAGAGAACGUUUUGACAGCGAUGGGUGAUGGUAAUCUCUCGGAUAUUGACGAAUUCGAAGAUUCAGACGACGAUUGUGACCCAACUGCGAUUGAACGGCUGGUAUUAGAAGGCCUGGAUUCUGGAGACGUCUUAUUAGACCAGAGUUAUGCUGAGCCCAUCCCCGACCAAGGACAGUGUCUACCACCGCCGUCAGCUGUGUCAUUUGGCGAAGAUAUCUCCUGUUCUUCAGCAAAUACGAACAAUAUCCCACUUCAGGUGAGCCAAUUGCCAAGUCACACAAUUAAUACACCAACCCCUGAUAAUUUCGCACAAAGAUCAUCUACAAGGUCGUCAUCAAGUCAUUCUCCUACUGUAUCGUCCUCUAGAGAAAACAGGAACAGUACUAGGCGCAACACUGCUAACAUUCAACCAGUUCAACCGAAUUCUACUAACAGGUCUACUUUCUCCAUACAAAACCAACCAUCGACUUCGCGCCCUGAUCUUUGGAAAGAAACACCUUUUGAAGAUAAGCCACACAAUUUUGAAAAACCCAGCGUAAGACCAGUUCAAGCUCCUGUAGAGUAUUUCAAAGAAUAUUUUGAUGACGAGUUUUAUGAACUAAUAAGUUUGUGUACAAAUAAUUAUUUCAUGCGAAAGAGUGGCAGAGAAUUAAAAACAUCUCGAUCUGAAAUAAUUAAGUUAUUUGGAAUCCAUAUCAUGAUGGGUUGUAUUCCCUAUCCAAGGGUGACAAUGUAUUGGCGGGCUGGAAUAGCAUUAGAAAAAAUUACGUCUAAGAUGAGCAGAGAUCGCUUUCAAGCACUCAGAAAUGCAUUGCAUGUUGUUAAUACAGACAUUCAACCCCCUAGUCAAGAACCUAAUGUACUUUGGAAGGUGCAGCCAAUUAUAGACCAAGUAAGAAAUGGAUGUUAUAAACAAGAACGUACUCCCGGUUACUACUCUAUCGACGAGCAGAUGAUACCAUUUACUGGAAGAUGUGCCGUCCGUCAAGUGGUAAAAAACAAACCUCGACCUGUGGGACUCAAAAACUUUGUUUUGACGACUAGUUCAGGCCUCAUGUUGGAUUUUGAGAUUUACAAAGGCGCAAAGACAAUGUUUGAAGAGACGAGGCUAGGCCUCGGACCAUCUGUCAUUCUUCAUUUAGCUAGAAGUGUCCCAGUUGGCAGUUGCUUGUACCACGAUAGGUAUUUUACUACGAUACCUUUGAUAGAGGAGUUAAACAAGCGAGGUAUCCACAGCACUGGGACUAUAAUGCAUAAUCGAAUACCUGACAGGACUAGCCUUAAGUUUAAAAAGGACUCACUUAUGCAACGAGGCGAAAGUCAGCAAAUGGUGCGGGAUUCAUCAGUUCUUGUAAAAUGGAAGGACAAUACCACUGUAACCCUAGCGUCCAACUGUACAGGUGCCUCGACCACAGAUAUUGUGAAACGGUGGGAUAGGAAAAACCGUCAAUAUAUCGACGUACCAGCCCCUAAAAUAGUGAUGAAUUAUAACAAACACAUGGGCGGGGUGGAUGUCCUGGACCAGCAAAUGGAAUACUAUAGAACUUUUAUAAAAACUAAAAAAUGGACAUUGAAGGUACUUAUUCAUUUUUUAGAUUUGUCUUUAGUUAAUUCUUGGCGCGCUUACAAAAAUGAUUGUUUAGCUAACAAAUACCCAAGAAAUAAAACGUUAGAUUUGUUAGAUUUUCGUCUUGAAAUAGCGGAGGUAUUGCUAAAUAGCCCUGAUAAGCAGCGUCGUUCCUCUGAUGAAGAUACGAUGGAGAUUAAUGUGCCAAAAAAGUUUAAAAAGGCCAUAAAGCCUUCUAUAUCUUUAAGAUAUGAUGGUUAUAAUCACUUGCCACAGUUUGAUGACCUUAAGUCUCCUAGAGCAUGUCAAAAUGAAAAUUGCAAAAGUCGUACGAAGACACGAUGCAUCAAAUGCAAUGCCUAUCUUUGUAUAGCUCGUAAUCAGAAUUGUUUCAAAGAUUUUCAUUCUGCCUAAUGUAAAAGUAAUUUUAUAUUUUAAUUAUGGAGAGUUGUUUUUUGUUUUGAGUAUUUUUAUAAUUUUUAAGUCAUGAAAAGACAUUUAAUUUUGUUAAA